CCGCCUGUUUACUUGCAAACCAUUUCCUUCACUGGGAGGAAGAAUGGCUACUGAUGUUGCCUCUUUGUAACACUAAUUCCGCAAUUUCAGUGCAAUGUAUCAUAUCAUGCGUCAUUGAAACAGAUCAACGCUCUGGGAAUCGUGCAGUGGAGAAAACGCCAUCACCGUGGCCACAUGAUGCAUCAGUGGGCCUCGCCGGGUUGCCAUGACGCUGGGAGUUGACAGAGCGGUGCCCGAGACGCUUCGUCAGAUGGAACAGACGGGGAGGUGGAGGACAAGGAUACCCGAGUUUGUCCGGGGCGGGCAUGCUCACAAGCGAUCCCAAGCACCAGGGGACAGAGAGCGAACACAGUCCACACCCAGCAAUGGGCCGAAGGACUCGGACAAAGAGAGGAAUGCUAACAAGAAGACGGUCACCAUGGCGCCAAUGUCCAGGUGCAUGACAAGCAAGGGGCAGUACAUCGCUAGAAGACCACUAGUGUCCGCAGAGCGGCAUACGUCAAUAUUGAAGAACCCCCUCUCACAUGAGCUCACGGUGCAGGAAAAACACCAGACUGGUUGUACGAGAGACACCCUUCUCCACAAUGAGAGGGAGCCACAUUCCCAUCGUGGGUUCAAAGACACUCUAACAUGCCCCAGCCCUUCCAAGUCUUAUGGCCUGUCCCCCUCAGUCUCCAGGGAGGACUUGACCUCUCCUCUCACCACUGCUGAUCUGAGGACGUGGUCCACGUGUGAGGAGCCGUCCUACAGGUCCACGUCAUCCCAAAAAAACACGCCGUCCAAAACACACAACAGACGUAGUCUCUCCAGCCCCCCGCUGGACGUCUACAGCCUCGCAGUGCCUCUGAGCCCCAAGUUCUCCUCCACUCAGCGAUCCGCCCUGACGCCUUCAUCACGUCCAUCGAGAAAGACCAACGCAGACUUUGUACGAGAGCCAGCGAGUGGUAGUAAAGUCAGCCCGCCUCCAUUUCAUCAGAUGUCGCCUUACCAAGCAAAUUACUGGACUUGUGCCAUUCCCACUUCUCUGCCUCCUUCCCCAGACCGCAGGUCCCCAAACUGGGACCCGGACAAAGAGUACGAAGACCUCCUGGACUACACCUACCCCCUGAGGCCAGGUCAGACGAGAAAAGGGGACUCUCUCUCUGAUUUAGGAUCACAUCUGAAGACGGACGCGAUUUUGGAAGACUCGGGGAUCGAACUUGACCGGUUCUGUAGCUCUUCCACCUUGUCCUAUUUAGAUCAGUCAGUAUGUGUUACUAGAAGGGGCAAAGGAGGCAACCCUCAGUCAGUCCACAAGUCUUUAGGACCGCAUGGUCUCAGUUCAAGAGAGCUGUCUCAGUCUAAAUCAUCAGACGGCAGACUAUCAAGUAGUCUGUACUCAGUCGACCACAUUGGGCUUUCAGUCGAAAGCUUGGAGUGCGAUGGCAAGCAACAAAGUCAGCAGUGGUUUCAUUAUAAAAAACUUGGUAUUUUUUCCACAUCAAGGUCUCCCUCAACUUUCAUCCCCACUCUGCAUGUCUUGCCCCGCCCGGGGCUGCUAGGAGACAGCGACGAUGAGUUUUUGGCUCUGCCCGAUAAGCUUCAGGAGAUCCAAGCUCUCUCCCAGCACCUGAAGGACAUCUCAGCCCAGAUCAGCCAGCCUGUCACCUCCAGCUGGGAGUCUCUGGAGAGGGAGACCUCCUCUACAGAGAAGCAGUCUGGGGAAACCACAGUAGUGCAGGAAGAAGAUGAAGACACGGUGGAAGAGGAAGAGGAGGGAGAGGGAUCUGUCUCUGCGGGUCUACCUAGAAUUGAGGAACCCUUGGAGGAAGUGAAAAUGUUUGAGUCCAGACUGCACACGUUGAGCACAGAGGUUAAUCAAAGCAGUGUGAGGGAAGUGGCGUCCAUUAUGGAUCGGCUGGGUGGUGUUUCUCUGUCAGAGUUGAUGACGAGCCCACAGAUGGACCAAGAAGAUGCAGACACCAAAGAGUCGCUCAUGCAGCACGUUCAGACAUUUUGCGCAAACCUCCAAGAACUUAUUCAGUGGCUAUACAGGGUGGUGCAUAAAAUGGAGGUCCUCACUCCACCCUCUGCGGAUAUAGAGAGUGUCAAAACCUCUCUGACAGAUUACAAGAGUUUCCAGAGGGACGUCCAAGCCCAUCGCCCUCUGACCGGUGCUGUCCUGGACACAGGGGAGGCUCUGCUGCACUGCAUGAACUCUACCUCUCCUGUGUUGAAGGAAACUCUGGUGUUGAUUGAGAGACAGUCCCGAGCCUUGGAGGCCCACGCUGAGCACCUGUUCUCCUCCAUCCUCUCGGCUAUGGAUAGCCUCACAGAGGCCAGCUCCAAAGAGGGUACUGAAUGCUCUGACUAGGAGUAUAUGGCUUGGAGAUGGAGGCUUCUGAAUUUCUCUGCCUUAAAGUGUGGGCACUUUCUUCUGAGGACCAGCACCCCAUAACAGACUGCCCCAUCACAUUACAAGGAGGAAAGCCACCUUUACAUUCAUUAACACCACUACAUAGUGCUUGUAUCACUUUUCACACAGAUAUUGUCUUUUUUUAUAUACUGUAAGUGUACUUCAGCCAUGCGUGCUUUUAGAAGUGUUUGCGGUUCACUUGUUCACCACAGUUCAAGCAUAUACGUCAAUGUACUUGUCACUCCCAUCUAUGACAAAUGUUGUCCUGAGGUUUUAUGACAACUUUGUUUAGCCACCACCAUUCUAUGUUUUAAAUGAGUUGUCGUCAUCUCAAGGUGUUGGCACAACUGCACUAUUUCCCAAUACUGUUGGAGCUGAAUUUGGCUAAGGUGGUAGCAGUACAGAUCAUGACUGUGAUCUCAGGUAAUUGCCUUAUUAAAUAUGAAUGAAAAAGCACAGGGCCUGCCCUGUUAUUUGGCAGCUCUUUAGGUAUUAGUUUUCAUCUUGAGAGAUGUACAGUAUGUUUACUGGUGUUCAAGUUGUGUUGUAUUCUUAUUCACUCAAUGUGUAUUAUGCUGUGUAAUGUUUUGAUCAUUAACAGUGUUAGACCUGCAAUAAUACUAGCUGUUUGGUUGGGAUGUUAUCAUGCCACCUAGCUUUUGCCCAGGGAAGUUUGGAGGAAUUUGCACCAAUUCUGUUUUUAUAUUCAGUAUUGAAUUAUUACACACUUACUGAAAUACCUUGAGCACCAUACUCAGUGUUCCUGAACUGAGCACUUGAAGUUAAAUGUGAGGUUGUUGUCAAGUUGCAGGACAGAAUAUUAGACCCUCGGGCAAAACAAAAUGUGAGUUUUCUAAGACAGUGGUAGCACUUCUUACACAGUACAGAAGCUGGCUGGCUUUACACAUAUUGCUAUGACAAAAACAGAUGCCCUGGAGUAAAACAGGUUCUCCUGGGCUUUAUAAUCUGCAACAAAGUUUCCCCUACCAUACAAACCAGGAAGACCCUGCCGGUCACAUAUUUCGGUAUGGAGACUAAAUGGAAAUCCAACCACAGCUAAGUAAAUACGUGUUAACAUCUCUCCUACAACAGGACUAAGUUAUGAGACAAAAUCCACAAGAAUGGAACGUAACUUGUUUUAAUACAUGAAUGCUCACCAUCUAAAUAAAUGUUUCUUUUUUUACAUAAA